AUGUCGAUUCAACGCCUCAUUCGCUUCGUCUCGAAAGAUGACGGGAAAACGUAUUAUGGUGCUGCAAAUGAGUCCCUCCAGAACGCUAGACCCUUAGAAAUGGGAAAUCCCUUCUCUGCCUCAAUCCAGAUCGUCGAUAGGCAGCACAGUAUUGCGAAGCUCCUGUGUCCCAUUGACCUUGAACAUGUUCGAUCGGUUGUUUGCAUCGGGCUGAACUACACAGACCACGCUGAAGAGGCCAGGAUGGCUAUACCAAAGGUGCCGGUUGUUUUCUUCAAGCCAGUGACCGCACUUACUGGCCCAUAUGAUGACCUCGUUCUUCCUCGUACGUCGUGGGAGAAGGGAAGACUUGACUACGAAUCGGAAUUGGUAAUCGUGAUUGGCAAGAAGGCCUCACGGGUGUCCAAGGAUGACGCAUUAGAUUAUGUCUUCGGCUACACCGUUGGUAACGAUAUCUCAAACAGAGCAUGGCAACUUGAACCUCACUUGGGCGGAGGCCAAUGGUGCUACUCGAAAUGCUUCGACUCUUCUGCACCUAUCGGGCCGGCGAUUGUUUCAAAAGAUAUCCUCGGGUCUGCAAUCGGUCUUGGAAUUCGCGGUACCCUCAACGAUACCCAGGUGCAAGACGGUAGCACCAACAACAUGAUCUUCUCUGUGGCGGAGAUUGUGUCUUUCUUGAGUCAGGGCAUGACUCUGCUUCCUGGAACCUUGAUUUUUACUGGCACCCCUGCAGGAGUUGGAUUUGGCAGAAAACCCCAGAUCAGUAUGAAGGAGGGCGAUGUUACCAAGGUUGGGAUAGAUGACAUUGGUGCUAUUGCGAACAAAAUUGUAUACGAACAGUAA